CUCAGUCUCUCUCUCCUUAAAUGACCUCCUAAUGCUCGUCUUGAGUCUUGAAGCUACACUACACUUUUGAGUCUUGACAAGUGUGAUUUUGUGUAUUGUCUCUCCAUCAUCUCCCAAAGUAGAAAAGCUAGAAAAUAAUAAAAAGGAAAAAAAGGAUCUCUUCCACUUAUAUAUCCCCUUUUCUCAUCUUCUUCUAUAAUAAGCAGCAAAAAAACUUCACUUCUCUCUCUCUCUUUGCCUCACCAGUUCUGCUCACUAGUGUUUGUUCGAUUUGAUCUGCGAAAGAUGAAUCUAUACCUUUUAUAGUAUCAAUCUCAUCAUCACAACCAGCUAAGUCUCCUCUCUUUCUCACUUUUUCUCUCUAUUUGCUCAAUUAUUGAUCUUUAGCUCUCGAUCUACAAAAAAAAAAAAAAAGAACCCUAAUCUUUCUUCGGAUCCAUAUAAAAGAAACAAACCCUAAAUCUCGAUUCCAUCCAAAAUCAAGAUCAAUAAAAAAAGCCAUGGAGUUGAUCUCUAACCAACCGAACAAGAACCCUAAUUCCUCAACACAAUUAACACCUCCUUCCUCAAGCCGGUACGAGAACCAGAAACGCCGUGACUGGAACACCUUCUGCCAGUACCUCCGGAACCACCGUCCUCCGCUCUCUCUCCCAUCGUGCAGCGGCGCACACGUGCUUGAGUUCCUCCGCUACCUCGACCAGUUCGGGAAAACAAAGGUCCACCACCAGAACUGUGCCUUCUUUGGCCUCCCUAACCCUCCCGCUCCUUGUCCUUGCCCUCUCCGGCAAGCCUGGGGCUCCCUCGACGCCCUUAUCGGCCGCCUCCGAGCCGCCUACGAGGAGAACGGUGGCCCUCCGGAAGCUAACCCAUUCGGCUCACGCGCCGUCAGGUUAUACCUCCGUGAAGUUAGAGACUUCCAGGCCAAAGCUCGCGGUGUUAGCUACGAGAAGAAGAGGAAGAGAGUCAAUAGGCAGAAACCGCAAACGCAGCCGCCUAUACCGCUUCAGCAACAGCAACAGCAGCAGCCACAACAAGGUCAGUCUUUGAUGGCUAAUUACUCGGGUGCAACUGUAUGAUUAUAUUAUAUAAUUUUCCCCUUUCUAUAUGUAUUGUCUCCUAUUUCCUUUCUCUAUGUGCUUAAUGUAAAGCCUUCUUUUACAUUAUUCACUGAUCAAUGCUUUUGUUUCUGUACUAGUUGUUUAUGAAUAAGGUAAAACUAUGUUUAUUUACGCUGAAGUGUUUGAUUCAUUAUAAAUGUUCUUCGUAUUUUAUUGUAUAUUUAAUUUCAGAGAUUA